GGCGUGACGCGGCGCGCGCUGAGGCCGGGAGGCUGCCGCUUCCCGGGCGCGCGCCCGUCCCGUCCCAUUCCCAUUCCCAUUCCCGACCCGUCCCGUUCCGUCCCGGGGCCCGCGAUGGCGUCGGCGUCGGGAGACGUGGAGUCCUCGCUGGAGCUGAGCCUGACGGGCUCCGGGGCGCUGCCCGGCGCGCUGCCCCCCGCCCGCUCGCGCAUCUUCAAGAUCAUCGUGAUCGGCGACUCCAACGUGGGCAAGACCUGCCUCACGUUCCGCUUCUGCGCCGGCCGCUUCCCGCAGCGCACCGAGGCCACCAUCGGCGUGGACUUCCGCGAGCGGGCCGUCACCAUCGACGGCGAGCGCAUCAAGAUACAGCUGUGGGAUACUGCAGGCCAGGAGCGCUUCAGGAAGAGCAUGGUGCAGCACUACUACAGGAAUGUACACGCUGUGGUGUUCGUGUAUGACAUGACAAACAUUGCCAGUUUCCACAGUCUGCCCUCUUGGAUAGAGGAGUGCAAACAACACCUUCUUGCCAACGACAUCCCACGGAUUCUGGUUGGAAAUAAGUGUGACCUGAGAAGUGCCAUUCAGGUGCCCACGGACCUGGCGCAGAAGUUUGCUGAUACCCACAGCAUGCCCUUGUUUGAGACCUCUGCCAAGAACCCCAAUGACAAUGACCAUGUGGAGGCCAUAUUCAUGACACUGGCUCACAAGCUUAAAAGUCACAAGCCAUUAAUGCUUAGUCAACCCCCAGAUCGUGACGAGAUACAUAUAAAGCCUGAACCAAAACCUGCCACGUCCUGCUGGUGUUAGAUCCCACUGUCACUGCCUGUCACCUUGUCUUGUUUGCAAGUGCUUCAGAAUUAUGAUCUUGGCAAAGUUCCAGGUUUUGGUAGCAAUUAUAGCAAAUCCCUUUGGCACUUUAAUGUGGUUUUCUGUUUGUUUUUUUAUUUUUUUGGGUUUUUUUUCCCUGGUGUAGAUGUGCCCAUCUCAUGCUCUUGCACUUUGUAAUUGUACUUUCUGAAUUACUGAAGUUUCACUAUAAGUAUAUGGGAACAUAAACUUU